CAUACACAAAAUUCUUUACUAUCAUGCAAUUCAGCACCAGCUUUUAACGCCCAUAUCGGACAUUGUGUUCCUUUGAAACUCUUCACAACAUACCCAACGUCUACUCCCGUCCUCAUCCCUUUCUCUCUCUCUUUUUGCGGUGACCCCUUUCUUCCCCUUUUCUCCAGGGGUCGCCACUCCCUCCAUCUACUAUCCAAUUUCCCAAAUUUAUCAAAUAUUCAUUUGCUUCUUCGCCGGAAUCCACACACGAAAACCCCUUUCCCCCCUUUCUUCCAAUAAUCAGCUAUGUCGGAGAUGGCCAACACGGAUCCGGAAGGAAUUGACGGAGUACGAAUGACAUGGAAUGUCUGGCCACGCACCAAAGUUGAAGCCAGCAAGUGCGUGAUCCCACUUGCGGCCUCCAUUUCUCCGAUCCGCCACCAUCCCGACAUUCCUACCCUUCCCUACCCGCCUCUCCGCUGCAAGACUUGCUCCGCCAUCCUCAAUUCCUUCUCCCGCGUCGACUUCACUGCAAAGAUCUGGAUCUGCCCCUUUUGUUUCCUGCGCAAUCAUUUUCCUCCUCACUACUCCAUGAUCUCCGAGACCAAUCUCCCUGCUGAGCUCUACCCUCAAUACACGACUGUGCAAUACACGCUUUCUAACCCUAAUGUUAAUCCCAAUAUUCCCGGGAACGCAGCUCCUGCACCAUCGGGUUCACCUGUUUUCUUGUUCGUUCUCGAUACGUGCAUGAUCGAGGAGGAGUUUGGGUUCGUAAAAUCGGCUCUCAAACGCGCGAUCGGGUUGUUGCCGGAUAACGCGCUUGUUGGGUUCGUUUCGUUUGGGACGCAGACGCAGGUUCAUGAAUUGGGAUUUUCAGAUAUGUCGAAGGUUUAUGUGUUUAGAGGCAACAAGGAGAUUUCCAAAGAUCAGAUUAUGGAGCAGUUGGGACUUGGCGUUUCGGGCAGGAGAGCCCCUGCUGGAUACCCACAGAAAGGAAUGCAAAAUGGGUUUCCAAUUCUUGGCGUUACCCGCUUCUUAUUGCCCGCAUCCGAGUGCGAAUAUACCCUCAACUCUCUUUUGGAUGAGUUGCAAACGGAUCAAUGGCCGGUUGCUCCUGGGAAUCGAGCUUCAAGGUGCACAGGAGUGGCCUUAAGCGUGGCUUCAGGAUUACUUGGAGCUUGUUUGCCUGGAACUGGCGCCAGGAUUAUAGCUUUGGUUGGUGGUCCAUGCACAGAAGGGCCUGGCACGAUUGUAUCAAAAGAUUUGUCAGAUCCAGUGCGUUCCCAUAAGGAUCUUGACAAGGAUGCAGCACCAUAUUUUAGAAAAGCAGUUAAAUUCUAUGACAAUCUUGCGAAGCAGCUUGUUAGCCAGGGUCAUGUUUUGGACCUUUUUGCAUCUGCACUUGAUCAGGUUGGGGUAGCUGAAAUGAAAGUUGCAGUUGAACGGACUGGUGGUCUUGUUGUGCUAUCUGAAAGUUUUGGGCAUUCUGUAUUCAAGGACUCUUUCAAGCGCAUAUUUGAAGAUGGAGAACAAUCUCUUGGUCUUUGUUUCAAUGGAAUGCUUGAGAUUAACUGUUCCAAGGACAUUAAAGUUCAGGGGAUAAUUGGACCUUGCACAUCUAUGGAAAAGAAAGGACCUAAUGUUGCUGAUACAGUUUUGGGGGAGGGAAAUACUACUGCCUGGAAGACGUGUGGUCUUGACAGGAGUACUUGUUUGACUGUCUUAUUUGAUCUUUCUUCAAGUGAAAGGUCAAAUUCUCCAGGAACUGUAAAUCCACAGUUAUACAUUCAGUUCCUUACAAGCUAUCAGAAUCCCGAAGGUCAUACAUUGCUUCGGGUCACAACUGUUACUAGAAGAUGGAUAGAUAGUGCUGUUAGCUCAGAGGAAUUAGUACAAGGUUUUGACCAAGAGACUGCUGCCGUGGUAAUGGCAAGAAUAACAUCUCUGAAAAUGGAGACAGAGGAAGGAUUUGAUGCCACUCGGUGGUUGGACCGGAACCUCAUUCGGCUCUGUUCUAAAUUUGGUGACUAUCGGAAAGAUGAUCCAUCAUCGUUCACAUUGAACCCUUGUUUUUCCUUGUUCCCUCAGUUUAUGUUUAAUCUCCGACGGUCACAGUUUGUACAGGUCUUUAACAACAGUCCAGAUGAGACUGCUUAUUUCCGCAUGUUGCUAAAUAGGGAAAACAUCACCAAUGCUGCUGUCAUGAUUCAACCAUCAUUAAUAUCAUAUUCAUUUAACUCGCUGCCUCAACCUGCAUUGUUGGAUGUGGCUUCCAUUGCAGCUGACCGAAUUCUCUUGCUCGAUUCAUAUUUUAGCUUGGUCAUAUUCCAUGGGAUGACAAUAGCACAAUGGCGUAACAUGGGCUAUCAGAAUCAACCAGAGCACCAGGCAUUUGCGCAGCUAUUGCAAGCUCCUCAAGAUGAUGCCCAAAUGAUCAUUAGGGAUCGUUUCCCAAUUCCUAGAUUGGUGGUCUGUGAUCAGCAUGGAUCUCAGGCAAGAUUCUUGUUGGCAAAGUUGAAUCCAUCAGCUACAUACAACAAUGCCCAUGAGAUGGCUGCUGGAUCGGAUGUGAUAUUCACAGAUGAUGUGAGCCUUCAAGUCUUCUUCGAGCAUCUUCAGAGGCUAGCUGUGCAAUCUUGACAGUAAAAGUUUUAUCUUGUAGGUUUUAUAGAAUGGGGGAAGUUAAGCUUUUUCCCCCGAGUGUGAGUUUUUGUAUCCUUCUGUUCCAUUCCCUUAGUUUCUUUUGUUUGUAUGUUGUUGGAGAAGUAAAGUGGAGCCCUGCAUUGUUUGAAAAAAUGAGAGCAUAUAUGAUUUGAUUGGGGGAGAAAUAUUCUCCCUUUCAAACAAUAAGGGACACUCAAAAUUCAGUGGGAAGUAAUAGUGUUUAUACAGAAAGAAUGGGUAGGAAUGAGAGUUAGAGGGAUCCCUGAUUUUUUGUCAGCUCAGAUUUUAUUUUAUUUUUUCUUCUUUUUAUGUAUCUGAAUUUUUUAAGUUAAAUACUGAGAAUGAGCUCAUACGUUCCAUGUGUUUAAAAGUUGAAGAAACACGAGCCUCCUUUUUCAAUUA